AUCUAAUAGGCUGAACAUGUGGACUGCAGGAGAUAAGACAGAGCAGGCAGGCACAGUGCGCUUGAUUCAUGGACUUUGACCUCCUGCAGCUCACUGGCUGAGAAAGCAUUCAAAAGCCCUGCAUGAUGUCUUGCCAGGCAGCCAGACUGACGUGCAAAUCUGAACUCAGUGUUUUCAGCAUUUUGAUUUUCCAUCAAGCUGUUGCCUUCCUUCUCCUAGCACACUCUCAUGGAGGUCAGUCUCAGGAGAUUGGUCGACCUCAGCCAAUAGUGGCAAUGGUGGGGGAUGACAUCACUUUGCCAUGCCAUGUGAAACCUGACAGGGACACAGUUGAGAUGUUACUGGAGUGGUCGAGACCUGAUAUUGACCCCAGAUUUGUCCAUUUGAGGCGGUCUGGGAAAGACCAUCUAGUUGAUCAAAAUCCAUCCUACAAGGGAAGAACAUCAGUGUCCAUCGACAGGCUGAAACAGGGAGACAGUUCACUGAAUCUCUCCAAAGUGAAACUCUCUGAUGAAGGAACAUACAGAUGCUUCAUGCCAGCAUUAAAUUUAGACUCUAGUAUUCAGCUUCUUGUUGACGUUGAAAUUGGCAUAACCAUUGUCAGCAGUGGAGUGCUAGAAUGUAAGUCUAAAGGCUGGUAUCCAGAGCCUGAGGUGGUCUGGCUGGUCGGUGAGGGAAACCUCCUCUCUGCUGGACCUACAGAGACAGUCAGAGGUCCUGAUGACCUCUAUACUGUCAACAGCAGAGUGACUGUGGAGAAGAGACACAGCAACAACUUCACCUGUAGAGUCCAACAGAAGGACAUCAACCAGACCAGAGAGACACACAUCUAUGUUGCAGAUGAUUUUAUGGACUCAUCUAGUUCAUCUGCUCCUACCAUCAUUGGUUUGUUUGUUGGCAUCAUGUUCAUUCUUGCAGUCCUCUUUGUUGUAUGGAAAUGGAGACAAAACAAAAGCAAAAUGGCAAGAAGAAGAGUGAUGAAGAAGAACAAGACAGGAGGAGAAAAUAACACUGAUUCCUUAGGUGUAGAAACAGGGCUUUUAUGUCAAAAAGAGGAGGAAACACAGCAAGACAAGCACAAAACUAACAAUAUUCUCACCCAAAGAAAGGGGAGCAUGGAGAAACAAUCAGAUGCAGGGACAGGGUCUCAAUGUGUGGGGGACAUUGGAAAACAGCAACAUGAGGUCCAGAAAGGUGAAGAGACAAUAAAGGAUUUGGACAACAGAGAGAAAGAGCCCAAAUCGAUGACAGAAGACAUACAAAAUCCAAAUCCAGCAAAAAGAGAAAGACACCAAGAUAAAUCAGAGAAUAAUACAAUAAAUGGAGGAGAGGAAACAAAGUCUGUAAAUUCUGAAACAGGUCCAGUUCAGAUGGAUGAAGAAGGACAACAACCGCAGCUCAGGACAGAAGGGGAAGCAUCGACAGAUCUUGGCAAGGAAGAGAAUAAAGAGCAAACACAAACUACAAAUAAUGGACCAGCCAGUGAGGGUUCAACGGAUGGAGGAAUACAAGACAAGAAUCCACCAGCAGGAGGAGGCACAAGUAAUCAUUUGAACAAAACAGAGAAAGAGGCUGAAACAAUGAGUGGAAAAACAGAAGAUCCAGCAGUAAGACACACUCCAGAAAAUACAGAAGACCAAAUACCACCUACAAAUAACAAGCCAGCAGCCCAGAGUCUAACUGAAGCAGAGACACAACAGAAAGAUCCCACAGGAGGAGGGACAGAGAAUAGAUUCAACCAGUCAGAAGGACAGACAGAGAGGAGCCUGAAAAAUGGAGACACUCAAUGUCAGGGAGGAGGACUCCUUCUGGAGAACAGUGACAGUGAAGAUGGAGGGGUAUGCACAGCAACCACACAUCAGUCUCCAGUGGAUGAAUCAACAGAUCAGCCCCAAGCUGAAAGAGUACAGAGUGAUUUGCCAGCAGAUCAGAGUCCGACUGAAGGAGAACGUCAGCGAAAUGAGAUUCCGAUAGAGAGCCAAAAAAAAGCUGAGAAGGAGGUCAGUGUUGUGAGUAAUGAAGCACAUCCUCCAGGUACAAAAAACAUGGAAGAACACAAACAGCCACAGAAAAAUGAGGACGCGAGUAAUGGAGAAGAAAUAUCAAAUAUUAUAAAUACUGAAACAGCAGCUCAGAGUCAGCAGACAGUCGGGGCUGGAGAAGAAGCAAAGGAUAAGCUUGAUAAAGUAAAACCUACAAAUGAUGAAGGAGAAGAUCAGAGUGAAAACAGUGAAGGUUCUUCGACUUAAUGAUUGAUGGUGGAGGGAAAAACCAGUAAAAGAGACAAUGGACAAAGAGAUGAACAACCUACAGAAAAAAUAAGAAACAGAUUCUAGACUAAAGGUUCAGAAAAACAAAUCAUAAAGAAAAGGUAGAGCAACUUAAAGUACAGCUUGAGGAGGGUGAGAGACAGAGAGGAAAAUGAGCGGUAGCUUCAGUAAGAGACGAUGGAGGAAGAGGAGAUGGACCCUGAAACACAGAAAGCAGCAGAAAACACUACAGACUUCUACAGAUUGAUCUGCGAGUCCACAAAGACCUACAAGUGAAGACAGAGUGGACAGAUCUGUGCUCAUCUGUACACAGCAGGGAAAAAAAAGAAACAUUAUUUUUGAAAAGUAGUUGUUACUUUUUUAUAAUCUGGGAUUUAGUAAUGUUUAGUUGUCUGAGUAGCAUUGUUUAAGUAAAGGUUUUUAGCUUAAGUCGGUUUAGUUUGUCAGCAUAUUAAAUUUUUUGUAUUUGUAAUUGUAUUUUUAUUAUCUGUUUUUUAUAUUCUAUAUUAGUAUUAGUAAGGUUUUUUCCACCUACUUAAAUAAAUCCUCCUAUAAAUAAACCUA